ACGCUCCCCCCCUACGCGACUGCACGUAGCUUUCCGAACUCGCGCAAGACGACGACGGCGACGAAGGCGACGGCGACGCGACCGAGGCUUCUUCCAGCUCCGCCGCGAGGUUCCCCUUCGAAGCUUCAAAUGCUCUCCUCCCUCCUCCGGCUCUCCGCAAUCAAAUGAAGGACGGCGGCGGCGAUGAAGAAGUCCGCGCAAGCUCCGACCCGGCGCGUGCUCUGGCUCGGCUGGAAGCUCGUCGUCCUCCUCUCGAUCUCCCUCUGCCUCCUCGGCCUCUUCCGGCUCCACCACCGGCCUAAGCUUCCUUCCUCCUCCUCCUCCUCGUCGUCUCAGCAUCUCGAUGUGUACCGCUCGCGAUCGCGCUCCCUCCGCGGCGGCGGCGGCGGCGGCGGCUUCGUCGGCAAUCCCAAGCUCGCCUUCCUCUACCUCGCUCGCCGCGAUAUCCCGCUCGAUUUCCUCUGGGGAAGCUUCUUCGAGAGUGCUGACGUGGCGAAUUUCUCGAUAUACGUACACUCGGAGCCGGGGUUCGUGUUCGACGAAUCGACGACGAGGUCGCGUUUCUUCUACGGUCGCCAGUUGAGCGAUAGCAUUCAGGUGGAAUGGGGAGAGUCAAGCAUGAUCAAAGCAGAGAGAUUGUUGUUUGCUGCAGCACUCGAGGAUCCAGCAAAUCAAAGAUUUGUUCUCCUUUCCGAUAGUUGUGUUCCUUUGUACAACUUCAGCUACAUAUACAGCUAUCUAAUGGCUUCUUCGAGGAGUUUUGUGGACAGCUUUCUUGAUGCAAAGGAAGGCCGGUACAACCUUAAAAUGUUUCCAGUUAUUCUAAAAGAGAGAUGGCGAAAAGGGUCACAGUGGAUUGCCUUAGUUCGUAGGCAUGCAGAAGUGGUUGUAGAUGAUGAGGUUGUUUAUCCAGCAUUCAAGAAAUUUUGCAAGCGAAGACCACCUGUAGAUGCCAGUAAAGGAAAGCUGAACACUAAACUUCAGAAGCAGCACAACUGUAUUCCAGAUGAACAUUAUGUGCAGACGUUACUUGCAUUGAAUGAGCUUGAAACUGAACUUGAACGAAGAACGGUAACAUAUACCUCAUGGAACCAGUCGGCUACAAAGAUGGAUACUAAAGGUUGGCAUCCUGUUACAUUUGAUUAUGCAAACGCCAGUCCGCGACAAAUCCAGGGAAUAAAGAAAAUCAAUCAUGUGUAUUAUGAGACCGAGUUUCGGACAGAGUGGUGCCGUGCAAAUUCGUCAUCUGUUCCGUGCUUUUUGUUUGCGAGGAAGUUUUCACGAGGAGCAGCCAUGCGCCUUUUGAGUGAGGGGGUGGUCGGUCGGUUUGAUGCUUCCUUCUUGUUAGAUUCAACCCCUUGAUCGGCUACACUAGUUAUUUUCAAAGGCUCUGGGAUACCCUAACAAGUAACAACUGACUACUUCAAGACAAUUUGGAGAGGAAGUGGAGCAUCCUGCUAAAAGUUAUGCAGAUAAGCCGCGAGGUAAUAUAGUUGGACGAUAGCAUUACAUUAUUAACCACCAAAAUUUUGUGACAGCGGCGAUAACUCGUGGAUAUCGAGAAAACGACACGAGAAUCACGGAAUUUGAGUUCACACACACACACACCUUUCUUAUUUUUAUAUUUUCCCCCCGACAGUUCAUUAUUCAAGUUCUCAACCUUAUGUCUGUUGGUUCUGCUAAGGGUCUAUAUUAUGUACUAUUCUUUCUCAGGGUUACUACUUGUACAAUUUAGGCUGUCAUUGAAAUUUUCUGAAAAGUAUGACCAACAAAAUUCUGAAUUCUCUGAAUGCAUUCUAUGAUAAUUUCCUUCUA